CUCACAGCUUGGGGAAAGCGUGUCGAGGUGCGCAGUUGAGGAGAGCGAGCUCUAAGGUUCGGCUGCGCUCCUAAUCCUCUUGCGAGAGGUGGGGAACCAAGCCGAGGGCGGGGCGGGAGGUGCUGGCGCCGGAGUUCCCUCUGGGGAACCGAAACCUUGACUCGAGCGACUAGAGAGAGCGGGGAUUGAGACCCUAACCAGACUCUAGUACCAAAUGGCACAGUGGGAGAUGCUGCAGAAUCUUGACAGCCCAUUUCAGGAUCAGCUGCACCAGCUCUACACAAAUAGCCUCCUGCCAGUGGACAUUCGACAGUACUUGGCUGUUUGGAUUGAAGACCAGAACUGGCAGGAAGCUGCACUGGGCAAGGAUGAUUCCAAGGCUAACAUGCUAUUCUUCCACUUCUUGGACCAAUUGAAGUACGAGUGUGGCCGCUGCAGCCAGGACCCUGAAUGCUUGUUGCUACAGCACAACUUGCGAAAAUUCUGUCGUGACAUUCAGGCCUUUCCCCAGGGCCCUACCCAAUUGGCUGAGAUGAUAUUUAAUCUCCUUCUGGAAGAAAAAAGAAUUCUGAUCCAGGCUCAGAGGGCUCAGUUGGAGCAAGGAGAGCCAGUCUUUGAAGUACCUGUGGAAAGCCAGCAGCCUGAGAUUGAAUCCCGGAUCCUGGAAUUAAGAGUUAUGAUGGAGAAGCUGGUGAAGUCCAUCAGCCAGCUGAAAGACCAGCAAGAUGUCUUCUGCUUCCGAUAUAAGACCUCAGUGAGGACAGCUUCUUUGGACCCCCAUCAGAUCAGACAGCAGCAGCUUCUGCAGGAAACUCUCAAUGAACUGGACAAAAGGAGAAAGGAGGUGCUGGAUGCCUCCAAAGCACUGCUAGGCCGAUUAACUACCCUAACCGAGCUACUGCUGCCUAAGUUGGAGGAGUGGAAAGUCCAACAGCAGAAAGCCUGCAUUGGAUCCCGUGAGGAUGGAGGGUUGGAACUUUCGCAGCUAGAGAAGUGGUUCACAGAUGGAGCAAAGCUAUUGUUUCAUCUACGGCAGCUGCUGAAGGAGCUGAAAGGAUUGAGUCACCUGGUUAGCUAUCACCAUGACCCUCUGACCACAGGAGUGGACCUGCGGGAGGCUCAGGUUACAGAAUUGCUACAGCGUCUGCUCCUCAGAGCCUUUGUGGUAGAAACCCAGCCCUGUAUGCCUCAAACUCCCCAUCGACCCCUCAUCCUCAGGACUGGGAGCAAGUUCACUGUCCGAACAAGGCUGUUGGUGAGACUCCAGGAAGGCAAUGAGACACUGACUGCAGAAGUCUUCAUUGAUAGGAACCCUCUUCAGUCACAAGGCUUCCGGAAGUUCAAUAUUCUGACCUCAAACCGGAAAACUUUGACCCCUGAGAAAGGGCAGAGCCAGGGCUUAAUUUGGGACUUCAGUUACCUGACUCUGGUGGAGCAACGUUCAGGUGGUUCAGGAAAGGGCAACAAUAAGGGGCUGCUGGGUGUGACAGAGGAACUGCACAUUAUCAGCUUCACAGUCAAAUACACCUACCAGGGUCUGAAGCAGGAACUGAAAACGGACACCCUCCCCGUGGUGAUUAUUUCUAACAUGAACCAACUCUCAAUUGCCUGGGCCUCAGUUCUCUGGUUCAAUCUGCUCAGCUCAAACCCCCAGAAUCAGCAGUUCUUCUCUAGCCCCCCCAAAGCCCCCUGGAGCUUGCUGGGCCCUGCUCUCAGUUGGCAGUUCCUCUCCUACGUUGGUCGAGGUCUCGACCAGGACCAGCUUAAUAUGCUGAGGGACAAGCUGUUUGAGCAGAAGUCUAAGAAUGAGGAUGCGUUGUUGUCCUGGGCUGACUUUACUAAGCGAGAGAGCCCCCCUGGAAAGCUACCAUUCUGGACAUGGCUGGACAAAAUUCUGGACCUGGUACAUGACCACCUGAAGGAUCUCUGGAAUGAUGGACGCAUCAUGGGCUUUGUAAGCAGGAGCCAGGAGCGCCGGUUGCUGAAGAAGACCAUGUCUGGCACCUUCCUACUGCGCUUCAGUGAAACAUCGGAAGGGGGCAUUACCUGCUCCUGGGUGGAACACCAGGAUGAUGAUAAGGUGCUCAUCUACUCUGUGCAGCCCUUCACCAAGGAGGUGCUGCAGUCACUCCCGCUGACCAAAAUCAUCCGCCACUACCAGCUGCUCACUGAGGAGAACAUACCAGAGAACCCACUGUGCUUCCUCUACCCCCGAAUUCCCCGGGAUGAGGCUUUUGGGUGCUACUAUGAGGACAAAGUUAAUCUCCAAGAACGAAGGAAAUAUCUGAAACAUAAGCUUAUUGUGGUCUCUAACAGACAGGUGGAUGAGCUGCAACAACCGCUGGAACCUAAUCUGGAGCCAGAAGCAGAGUCAUUAGAGCUGUACCCGGGGCUUGCGCCAGAGCCAGAGCCAGGGCUAGGCCUGGAGUUAGAGCCACUGCUGAAGGCAGGGCUGGAUUUGGGACCACCACUGGAGCGCAUGCUGGAGCCCACACCAGGCACAGUAUCACAAGGAAUGUCAGAGCUAAACUUGGGACCAGAACUGAAGCUGGAGCCUAUUUUAGGGCCUAUUUCACAGCCGGUGCCAGAGCCGGAUUUGCCUCAUGAUCUGGAACACUUGAACACUGAGGAGAUGGAAAUCUUCAGAAACAGUAUGAAUAUUGAAGAUAUCAUGCCAAAUGGAGACCCACUCUUGGCUGACCAGAACACCGUGGAUGAGGCCUAUAUCCUCCACCCAAGCCAUUUCCACACAGAAGGACCCUUGAUUCCUUCUGACUACUAGUAACUACAUUUCUUCAGUUCUUUCCAUGUCUUUUAUCCCUCCGACCCCCCACAUCGUGAUGUUGUUCUCCAAGAAUAGGAAAUCAGGCAUGUGCCCCUUCUAAGCUGGGUUAACCCUGUGAUAUGAGAGGUAAAAGCAUAAUAUGGGUAAGGAAGGGGCACCAAUGAAUCAGAAUAGAUGUUGGUCAUACGUCUAACUAGGAUUUUGAAAGGUGCCUGCUGUGCUGGGAGGUGUAGAAGUUCUGGGAGCAGGCCAGGACAGUUAGGAGGUACUUAGAGGGCUUAGAGCAAUUGCUUCUUUCCAGUAUGAAAGGAUUUCAGCAUUUUAAUAGCUGGUAAGACUAACCUGGUGCCUACUAGCAUUUGUCUUUAGUGGGAAACGGACACAUGAUAGGGUUCCAUUUCUUUUCUGAUUCCCUCAUGUCUAGUAUAACCUUUUUCUUUCUUCUUCCCCUCUCUCCUGACUCAAGUCCUAAAAACCUAAAUUUCUUCUUUUCCUGCAGUGAGUGAGAGCUUUCUGCCUCACCCCCAAUGUGAAGGUCCUCUCUGAGGAAGGUAGUAGGAGGUAGAUGUCCUCUUUUUACCAGUCUCCUCCCUUGCCCCCCAAGCUGGCCACACUCAUUCCUCCCCAGAAAAAUGAUCCUGCUAACCUAAUGUGCCUGUGAAGCUUUGCACAAUAACUUAUUCUGCCUAGUCUCCACUUUCCCAAUGCUUCAGAGACAAAUCAAUCCUAGAAACCAGAGAUGGUAGGGUUGCUGGGAAUUUAGAAAUGGCUUUUUAUAGUUAUUGUAUAGAAUUUGGUGUUUUUACAGAGGAAAAGAAGCCCUGGGUCUUAGAUACUUCUCUAUUAAGAUAUCAUUCCCUAUCUUUUGUAUAAUAUAUUGUUUACCUCAAAAGAGGUUUCUAUUCCUUGCGUGUAGACUUGGGCAAAGAUCAAGUUUCUGGAACUUAGUACCUUGAGGGUUUAUCAUGGGAUUCUGGACAACCUGACAUCUUAGCCAUUCCCAGGGAAUCCCAGGACAACUGCUAUUGCUCUACAGUGUGCUUCUAGUAUAACUUGAGAUAUAAAUGAAAGUGAGGCCCUGUACACAUGGCUGUUUCCUACCUGAUAUGUUAGAGUAACGGUCCUAUUCAGAAAGAGGCCUUUCUGAGCAUAAGUGGCUAAUAAACUUUGUGCUGACCUGGAA